GCACGGGCGGAACGGAGCGAAACGCAGCGGGAGCAGAGCGGAGCGGCGUGGCGUCGCGCGUUGGCUCCUCGUGGCGGCACGUGCGUUGACGAGCAGCGUUCACGCAGCGACAAUGGCCGCGGAUUGCGUCGCGGACGGCGACUACCUCGGCGAGUACUCGCGGUUCUUCGCAGAGUUCGUCGCCAGGGUGAACCCGGACGAUCAGCUGCCGGUGAAGGUGAGCGUGUACGACGUCGGCGAGGGCGAGCUCGUCGGUGAGAUCAUCAACGUGACUCUACAGUACCUCAAUCGAAUAUACUGUCCACCAAGCUUGCAAUCUUACAUCACACGUCUCGUGAUACAAGCGAUCAAAUCAACAUGCAAGAAACAACCGGAAAUCUGCGGGCUGCGGCAGCAAGAAAAGACGUACGCGCCUUUGAAACUCAUGCAAGCCGUUACGAACGAAGUGAACGAGAUCUGCAGACGGUAUUUAGAUAACAGCAGACUGGCCCUUCUGCCACCGCCUUCGUCCACGCCGCAGGUGACAGUGGGUGCUAUUAGAAAUGCCAGAAGAAAGAUGGAGGAUCGCCACAUGAUCCUGCACGAUUUAAACACCAUGUUUAAUAUUCAGGAUGACACUAUUGUGGAUUAUUACGCCGUGUUCGACGGCCACGGCGGACAGGACGCCGCGGCGUACUGCGCGACGCAUCUGCAUCAAUAUUUGGUCGAGAGCGUGCACUAUCCUACAGAUCCGGAGAGUGCGCUGCGCGAUGCCUUCCUAACUACCGACGCACAAUUCAUAGCGAAAUCGAGUACGCAGAAAUUAAAUGGCGGCUCCACCGCGAUUUGCGCGUUGCUGAUAAAUAAGAAGUUGUACAUCGCCUGGGUCGGUGACUCCAUGGCUUCGCUGGUUACGUGCGGCAACGUGAAACAAUUGGUGAAUCCACAUCGACCCACGAGAGAAGACGAGAGCGAACGGAUUCGCAGUCUGGGAGGAGUCAUCGUCCAUUGUAUGGGUGUGUUGCGAGUAAACGGAUUCCUCAGUAUAUCCCGAGCCAUUGGCGAUGUCCCGUAUAAACCGUACAUCAGCGGCGAGCCCGAGGUCCGGUGUGUGCCUCUCGAUGGUACCGAGGAUUUUCUCAUAAUCGCCUGCGACGGAUUGUGGGACUACGUGGACCAGAGAACCGCGGCUCUCCGCGUCUACCGGCAGGUGCUGCAGAAUCCCUACGAUCUGAAGCACGUGCACCAGGCUCUGCUGCAGAGUGCUAAGCGCGCGGGCUCCCUGGACAAUAUCACCGUGAUCGUGGUGUUCCUGACGCCGCCGAUCGAGAUCGCCGCGCGCUCGAAUCCGCUCCCGACGCAUCAAGCACCGAAUGGUCUAUUACUGAACAACAUGGAUCCGAACAAUCCGAUCCCGUCGAAUCACGACCAGUUCGACGUAAAGCCCGCCUGCAUCAAGCCCGACUUCGACAUGGACCUGCUUCUGAAAAACAAUACCGUCUGCGAGGUGGCCAGGAACGGCAAGCACCGGGACGACGACGACGACGAGUACGAUUACGGUCCGGAGACGGACGUGGACGCCGGCGAGGAUGUGCACGACAACAAUUACCCCCUCGCCGCGACGUCGUCGCUCGAGCCGACCCCCGAGGCCGACGAGUCGCCGUCGCCGGUGGCGGCCGACGACGACAAGAGGAACGACAACGAUUAUUCCAACCGCGACAAUGCCAACGUCUGCCCGGUGGACUCGGUAGUUGGCGACGGCGACGUGGACAAUCGUGUCCGUUCGAGUGACAGAGACGUUCGCGGCGCGGACGACGAAACCCCGCGCGACCACGGUGACGGCGACACGCGUGUCGAGACUGCUGCCACGCAUACCGUCGUGGACGAUGACGAUGAGUCGCCACCCUCGCCGCGAGCUGCUAACCCUCUUCAGCAAGCGCUGAUCGUGGCGGAUAAUGUAGCGGACAGCGAGGAUUCCGAGGACGAGUGGGAUUACUAUCGUGUCGAUCCGAACAAGCAGCAGGGAUCCGCAGCGGCAGCUGUCGCGGCAGACGAGUCCCGCAAAGACAUCGAGGCGCAAAGUGCACAGGAGAAUCCCGAGUCCGUCGCAAAGGAUAGCUCGGAAGUCGAAUCUCCGGAAGCAGCGAACGAUAUUAAAUGCGAAGAAUUGCUGAACACCUCCUUGCAUGAGCUUAUCGACUACAACAUAAGCUACAAAGAAAAUUCGAGCGAGUCGGAGAAGGAGCAGGUUCUCCUAGAUCUACAGGAAGAUAAAGAACAGGAUAAUAUGGAUUUCCAAUUGAAUCCGGAGGCGGCCGAGUUUGUGCCGAAUUUACCAUCGCCGCCGUUACUGAACGCCAGGGAUAUAUUGCAGGAUUUUGCCAUUAGCGGCUCUCCCCUGAAACAGGCACCGACGAUGGAUGAUAUUUCUAUACCAAGCCAGAGCGAGUUCGACAAGGAGGUGUGUUACCGACCGAAGGAAAUAGGCGAAGAAUUCUCGCAUGGCGGAGUUGCAGAUCUGCCGAACAACACUUCGCAAAAUAUGGACGUAUCCGAGAUCUCGUCCACCAAGGCCGAAAUGGGCGACGACGAAUCUAUGAUGCAUGCCAUGUCUACCUCGCAAUGGCAGAGUAAUCUCUCGUCUCAAUGGAAUGAAAAGCCGGGCGACGAUGCGGGAUCCGACUUGGACGAGAACGACAUUGUCACCAAGGAUAAUCCCAUGACUAUGUCGCUCGCUCCCGGCAACUUUAUGGCGGUGUUCGAAAAGGAUGUCGAUCUGAACGCCGUACACAUGUUGGACGACAGUUCGGACGGUGCUGAACAGGCGAACACGCCGCCGCGUUCGCCCGAGCCGUAUGCAAACGAUCGCGCGCACACACCCCUCUUGGAGGAGAAGGCCGCGACCGAUGUCUUACGCGCGUCAACGCCGCAGCCGUCGGACGAAAACUCCGUGUCCACUGUGAGCUCUGAGAUUAGCUCCGAAACGAAGGCCUCUUCCCUCUCAGCGACAAUGCCCGAAAAGGAGAGUGAUUUGUUUUUAACUGCUCCAACAAAUCCAUUCAGUUCGCUUGCGAAGAACACAAUUCAUAAUAUGCCAGGGAUAGACGUGGAAGGAUAUUAUUCCUCCUCUGAUGAGUUGCAAGUGAAGGAUGAUUGCUCAACGCAGUUUGAAAAACCCAUAGAAGAAGCUCACGAGGAGAGUGCAAAAUUAACCGAGGGGGACAAAGAAGAAGAGAAAGAAAAGUUAUGUAAACUUGAAGAUGAUAAAGACAUUUUCACUACGAAUCCAGCAGAACAGUCGUUGCGGAACUAUUCGGAUAUAAUACAAGAGGACAGUAUACAGACGGAGUCCGAAAUGCCGAAAACUCUUCCAGAUUCAACGAAUUAUUCAAAUUUUAAUGACGAAAUACAGGACUCAAAACAGCAUAUCCUGCAGCAGCCAUUCGAAAAGAUGCAUCCAGAAACGGUGUAUCGCGAUAAUUUCUCCUCUGAAAUUGUCUACGAAAAAGUGGACGUUUUUCAACAGAAAAGUGCCGAUGCCGCGUUUACGUUCGAGGAUGAUGCUUGUUUCUUUAAAGAUAGAAGAGAGAAUGAAAAGUUGUUCGAUACAGACAAAGAUGAUGACAUUAAACCGGACAGUACAACUAAUUCAAACUUAUCUGACCCAACGCACAAAUCAGUGGAGGACGAGCUACAACAUAAAAACCAGAUGUUCGAUGGACACGUGCCGAUAGAAGCCGCAACGCUGAUCGACAAGCCAACCGAGCAAGAACAAGCAGAGACAAAAGCUGUAGAAUUUGCACUGAUUAACGUUGCUGAAGAAAAAGUCGUUUCCGAAGGUAUUCCUUUAAAAGAAGAAGAAAAUGAACCGCGGGAGACUGCAAGAGCAUCACCGGAAGGUGCCACAACGCUAGACAAAUCGAAAGAAGCAACGGGAAUCACAAACGCAUCAGUGGGAGCCGUUGUCGUUGCAACGGUGGCGGCCGCUGCCAUUGCGGGUACGGCCAAGGCGAAGACGCCGACAAGUGCGAAACGUCCAAUGAAAACUACGACGUCGAGAGCAACAGCGGUGUCGACAACGAAAACUCUAACGAAAUCGACGCCAACCUCGCCCUCCAAAACGAUCAGCGCGGCCACGCGAGCAACUACGACAUCAGCAGCGCAAACGGUCGCGAAAAAAUCCGCUACGAGUACCGCGACUCGUCCCAAGCAGUUAGACGGAUCAGCCAAAGCGGCGGUCUCGAGCCCCAGCGCUAGAUCCACAGUUACGAAGACAGCAACGUCCAAAGUCGCGACAACAGCAGCGACGAGAACCAGCACUUCCCCGCGUGUGAGCUCUGGCGCAGCGAAACCAAAAACUACCACUACCACCUUGUCGAAGGUGAACAAUGGAGCACCGAUCGAGAAGAAAACGACGAUGAGCGGUGACGCCAAGUCCAUUAGCAAACCUGCCAGCGCGAAGCCAACGAGCGCCACUCUCAGAACAACAGUCACCAGUACGACCGCGAGAACUGCGUUAGUCAAAACAACGUCAACGACCGCGAAAACGUCGGCGCCCAGUGCAACGUUGAAACCAAGACCCGCGUCCGCGACUACGGCUGCUAGGGCCACAACAACGACGACGAAGCAGUCGCUGGGCGGCGUUAACGGCACGUCGAGACCUAGAACCGCGCCGACUUCCGGCGGCGCAACCAGGCCGCGCGAAAUCGCCGGUAAAACAAGCACGAUCGCGGCCACUAAAUCGCCGUUGAUCGAUAAGCAGAGCAAAGAGACGGUGAACAAGCAAAUCUCCCGUUCUGGAGCAUCGGCGCCCAGGCUGGGUGGUCGCGCCACCGUGCCCACCGGCGCCACGAAGGCGCGCACGUCUGGGAAAUCGUCGACCGGGAGCGCUUCCGCGACCUCGCCGACGAAGAGGACUCUGACGUCGAAGACCGCGUCGAAGAGCACGUCUGCCGUGACAAAGCGAGUGUCCCCGAGUGAGGCCAAGGUGGUGCAGAAUGGAAUUCUCAAGGAGGACAUGAUCAUAACAGCGACGAGCAAGCCCGAGGACGACGUACCGCGGAAGGACGCGUCGCCGGUGAACGUGCCGACCGAUAAUCAGCUGAUCGCCGAUUGAACGGUCGAUCGGUAAGCUGCGAACUGUCCGCCGCUUCGCGACAACACACGUCGGCCUAGGGAUUGCGCGUCGUCACGGGUUUACGUGAACCGGCACAUAGGUUUCUCCUCCUUAUUAUUGUUUAACGGACAGAGCACGACCGCGCGCGUCCGCUGGAGUAGUGUUUAGGGUGACAUAAACAUGUAUGUUGAACCAAAAAAAUUUUUUUUAUCGUUCUUACGUGAAUGCAUACAUAUGUGACAGAGAUAUUCAUCCAUCGGCGAGAGCAAGGCAUACCCUAAACAUUGCUUUCGACAACUGCUGCCUUAUCGUAAUAAGGAUCGAUAGUCUUGUUAUGUAAAUAUAAUUCGGAUGCGUUUUCAUGCGUCAUUACUUUCAACUGAUCCGUGGGCCCGAGAUUGUCUGGGAGAGAGAGAGAAAGGAAGAGAGUGCCUCGUGACGGCCUGAAGAUAGACUUUCAACUUCGAUACGGCAGUACGUUAAUCUUAAACUUUUAACGAAACUCGGAUAAAAUAUAUGGAUUUUUUACAAUUUUUUAAUUUUAUAUACGCAUUAUAAUUGAUAACGAUUGCUCGCGACCCAAUUUUACUUGAAUGACAUACGAAAAACACAUGGAAAGGAGAAGAGGGAAGCGUAUAUUUAUUCUUGUUUGUUCCUAUUUUUGAAGUUGAAUUCAUUGCGAGAUAUAUAUGGACUCGUAAUCAUGAUAAUAUAAUGCUAUCUAAUCUAUGUGUACAGCACCCCUAAUGGUUUAAUGUGAUACCUUACAGUACUAUUAAAUAAAUUCGAACGAUACACAAGAGGAGCCAGAAAGAAUACAUUUGCAUAUGUAUUUGAGCGGAGAAAGAGAAGACGAGCGGAAUCCAAAGGUUCAGCGAGAAAGAAUAAGAUUCAAGAGAAUUGGAGGAAAAACAAAAUACCGUUUCUUUUUGCGGAUAUGAUAUCACGGUCUUUUUAGAAUUUCUCUAAACGUUUGGAUGCCGCUUUUCGCACUUCUCGACGCACUUUUCAGCGUCAAUGAUCGUCGCGUGCGAGCGCGUUUAAGGCUUUUGUACACCGCACAAAUCUCAAUUUCUUUCCUCCUGCGUUCGACGCUUACACUGUUAGAGCACGCGCUCGGACCGACGGCGUUCAAUACUGCAGAAAUUUCGGUCGAAGACUGUUUCCUUCCUUUUUUUUAUUUUUAUUCUGCUUGAUCGUGAAAUGUUAUCUUUUUCGUCUGAUUUUAUCGGAACCGAGACAUGCCCGCGAUGGUCUCUAAAUGCGCAGAACGAUGCUCGUUAAACGAGCGCUCCCGCGAGCACGACGAGAUCGAGGAUUAAAAAGAUCGGCGAGUCUUUUUAAGACGAAUACGUUUUACGCAGAUGAGAAAACGCAGCAAGUCCUGUGUGUAAGGGACUCGCGAUGCCGAUCACGCACAAUAUUCGAUAUGAUAUUGCAUUAAAAUGCGGCUUCGUAUCAAGGAGAGAGAGAGCAUAGCUUAGCGUUUCACACGCGCGUUUCGUAUACAUGUAAUUCCGAUUUUCCUGUGUACGCGUAUUUGUCACCAUUUUAUUCUUCUCUUUUUUUUCUCAGAAUUCAUAACUGAAUAAAUAAAUAUUACGUUUGAACGGUGUUA